ACCCCAAUCGCCGAACCCUACGAGUUUGCUCCAUCCUAGCCCGACAGGGAGACAUGAGCCAACAGUUCGAGACAUCCUCGUGGUUCGGUGUUAUUUUCUACUAUCACGGUCACAGUAAAAUAUCCUGCUUGUGCAGACAGCUGGUAUUCACCAGACCACAUGUAUAUGCGCACACUCCCCCUUGCAAUACCCGGAACUGAAGGUGAUUUCGUCUUUUCUCCUCAAGAACCCAAGGAAAUUCGCCUCGGCGCAGGCCUAGAAAGGAGUAGCCUCUCCUUAUACCACAGGUUACAUCCAUGCCGCCGGAUCGUGUUUGAACUGUGGAGUCACGACCAGGGCUGGUCCUCCAAUCCUUCUCGUCUUCACGGAACAUACAGGGAAACAUUCAGCUGGUGGGACGCCUCCGCCGAGGCCCCACAGCCGGUGAUCACUGGUAACGCGGAUACCUCCUGGCCAUCCUUACUCGUGUUCACAGACGCAAAGAGGUUGGAAGCGGCCCGGGACGUAGAGCCACCUGUGCAGUUCUACCAGAAUGAACAAACUCGUCCUUCCAUCCCAAACGAUAAAUUACUCCAGCGGAACUUGUAUGCGGUGUACAAGACAAGUCACCAUACAGUGAAAUGGAGUCACACCGACAAGGCUGUUUCUGCAGAGGACCAACACGCACUCGAGGAUCUCGGACGAGGUCGGUUAUCAGGUGAUGGGAGCUUCGUGCGUAACCUGAAAGUGGGAGAUUGCAUUGUACUGUGGGCAAGUGCGAGAUUCCCCGGAUGGCAAAUGUACGCGGAGAAAGCAAAGAUCAGCGUUUAUUGGGCAGUCUAACCGCC